ACGUUCGGACAUACAUAAGCGCUGCGCCCCCAGCUCGCUGUCAGUUUCGCAGACCCGUACAUUCACCGUCAUCUCUUGGGAAGAGAGAGUGAAACAGAAUCCAACAGAUUUCAACCAUGGAUUCCCAUUUGGAUAGACGGUAUUCCACCCUUCACUCUCCGGCGGACAGUCAACCAAGUCAAUAUUCCCUCCAUACGCCGAUUGAGCCCUCACGCAACCUCAACAACCCUUACUUCACCUCGCAAUAUACCGGCGAUCCGGUUCCCGAGUCGCCAACACAAGAGCGCCCGCCGAUGUCGUUCCCGCCGCCUCCAACCUCGCAGUACUCGGCCGAUCAGUACCAUGUUCAGCCGUCACAGGAGUUCGCGCCUCCUCCUCAUCUUCCUCACCCUCCUCAGCAAAGACUGGGCACGCCACAGGAUACACCAGGCCUCCCACCACUUCCCGGAGUCGAGACCUUUCAGAUGACCGCGCCGCAGAACACGCGCUCACCGCCGCCGCCCUUCGAACAGCUCCAAGGCCUCCCACAGAUGGAUUACGACCAAGGCCAGCCCGAACAGCCGCGCUCACCCCCUCCAGCGUUCGAUCCGCACGAUCCCAACCCCGGCGGUAUCCACGCGCCGGGACAAAUCGGCCAUCCGAACCAGCAACACGGCAUGGAGAAGUAUAGUCACGGCCUGUGCGACGGUUUCGGCGAUAUCUCGACAUGUUGCCUGGGCUACUGGUGUCCCUGCAUUCUGUACUCGCGAACCUACCACCGCCUGAAGACGGUCCCGAACUCCAACAUCAACGAGUUUAAAUCUUGUAACAACCACUGCGGCAUGUUCUGUCUGUUAGCGCCCGUAUCCUUCAUCCUAACAACGCUGCAGCGCUCGCGCAUCCGCGAAAACUACCGGCUCGAGGGCUCGAUCGCAAACGACUGCAUGAAGGCCUACUGCUGCUCGUGCUGCGCGCUGAUCCAGGACGACCGCGAGGUUGCUCAUCGCGAGGAUGAGCGCAGGAGGUUUGCCGGACCUGGAAGCGGCGUCGUCGGCGAUGGCGGGUAUAGAAGACAGCCGACUAUGAUGUAUCCGUGAGCGAGAGCGGGAGGGGGCUGUGGGCUGUGGGCGUGCUUUGCUUUUUUUGUCGGCCGAGACUGGG